UGGAACCACCUAAAGAAUUUGAUUUUCUUAACCCCAAUGAAUGGCCGGAAUGGAAACGGCGGUAUAAACGAUAUCGUGAAGCCACGAAACUUAAUGAGGAAGAUAUUCACGUUCAAACAAGUAAUUUAAUUUAUUGUAUGGGGGAUGAAGCGGAAUUUAUCUUCUCCACAUUCACUCUUACCCAAGACGAGAGGGGAAAUUUUGAUACUAUCAUGGCCAGAUUUGACAAUUAUUUUGUACCUCGACGUAACGUCAUAUCAGAAAGGGCACGAUUUCAUGAGAGAAAGCAGAAUCCUGGAGAGACUGUUGAAGUAUUUCUCAGAAGUUUACAUAAAUUAAGUGAGACGUGUGAUUUUGGUGAUCAAAGAGAGACUAAUAUUCGUGACAAGUUUAUAUGGGGUUUAACUGAUAAGACGGUGUCUAGAACUUUACAGUUGAGAGGUAAUAUCACCCUAACUAAUGCUGUAGAAACGGCUAGAAAUCAUGAGCUGAUAAAGUCACAAAAUCCAGGUAGUGAAGUUACAAAUUCCUCAAAUGUUGAUUCAAUACGUUUUAGAAGCCCAUGAAAUCGAGGUAAUUACAGAAGCCGAAGUAGAUUCAAAACAACUAGACUGUCACAUCAAACGUAUGGUAAUAAUACAGACUCCAAAGAUUGUAAUAGAUGUGGGUUUUCUCAUCGACGAGGACAGUGUCCAGCAUAUCAGAAAACAUGUGAUCUUUGCUAUCGUGUAGGUCAUUUUGCUAGAAUGUGCCGUAGUCAACCUAGAUCAAAUCCCGGUUGGGGUACUAAUAAUGCUACUAAGAAGAAAGGAGUUUAUGAUGUUAGAAAUAAUGAAGAUUAUAAAGAAAAUUAUGAUGAUUUUAGUGAUAUACAGGAACAUGUAGUUACAGAGAAAGACGCUCAGCCUAUUAUAGGUCUUAGAACAUCCGAAAGAUUAGGGUUGCUUAAGAGAGUACAACAGAUUACAAGAGACAUUAAAACGGAUGAAAAUGACUGGGUCAAGAAACAUCCGAAACCUUUUGAUGGACAGUUAGGCAAAUUACCCGGGGUUAUUAGUUUGAAAUUGACUGAAGGGGCUCAUGGUGUUGUUCAUCCAUGUCGUAAUGUAGCUUUUUCAAUGUAUGAUAAACUUAAAAGUGAACUAGAUAGGAUGGAAAAUUCUGGUGUAAUUCGUAAAGUUACCGUACUGAACCAACUGAUUUUGUCAAUAGUUUUGUAAUAUCUGAAAAAUCCAAUGGGCAAAUUCGAGUUUGCUUAGAUCCUAGGGAUUUAAAUAAAUAUCUUCAGAGAGAGCAUUUUAUGUUGCCGACACGAUCUGAAAUAAUGUCUCGAUUUAAAGAUUCACAAUUUUAUACAAAACUUGAUAUGAGUCAAGGAUUUUGGCAAUGUUGUUUAACUGAUGAUGCUUCCACUUUAACAACUUUCAAUAGUCCUUUUGGGCGUUAUCAAUAUUUAAGGUUACCAUUUGGUUUAAAUGUGGCUCCCGAAAUUUUUCAUAGGAUUGUCAGUCAACAUUUUGAGGACAUUCCUAAUCUUAUUACUGUGCAUGAUGAUAUGUUAAUUUAUGCUAAAACUAAGGAGGACCAUGAUGAAACACUUGAGAAGGUUUUGAAAAGAGCAGAGAGUCUUAAUUUAAAAUUUAAUAAAGAGAAAUGUAAAAUUUUGAUAGAUUCUGUGACAUUUAUGGGGGAAGUAAUAUCUAAAGAAGGUAUAAAACCUGAUGAUAGGAAAAUUCAGGCUAUUAAAGAGUUACCUUCUCCUAAUAAUUUAAAGGACCUUAGAAGAAUUCUUGGUAUGGUAAAUUAUUUGGGUAAUUAUAUUCCCAAUUUAUCAAGUAUAAUUGAAUCGUUGAGAGCAUUAACAGAAAAUGAUGUAAAAUUUGAGUGGACAUAUAUACAUGAAAACUGUUUGAAUCAAGUUAAGACUAUUUUAUCUUCACAGCCUGUAUUACAACAUUUUGAUUUAAACAAGCCAAUCAAAAUUUCUUGUGAUGCCUCUAUCACAGGGCUAGGUUGUUGUCUUUUGCAAAACUGUGAUAAUGAUUGGAAGCCUGUGGCAUAUGCUUCUCGAUCACUUAGAGAUUCUGAAAAGAGAUAUGCCCAAAUCGAAAAAGAGUUAUUAGGUAUUUUAUUUGGAUGUACUCGAUUUCAUCAAUAUAUUUAUGGUCAAAAUGUUUUAGUUGAAACGGACCAUAAGCCUCUUGAAAUUAUUUUUAAGAAAAGGUUAGAUCAACUUAGUCCUAGAUUACAGAGAAUGAGUCUAAAGUUACAAUGUUAUAAUUUAGAUGUAAAUUAUGUGCCUGGUAAAUUGUUAAUAACUGCUGAUACUUUAAGUAGAGCUUCAAUACCAGAUAUAGAUAGUAAUUUGUCAGAUAAGAUUGAAACUGAUAUUAGAGUACAUGUUGAUAACAUUAUAGAGCAGAAAGCUAUUUCUUCUAGAAUUAUGAAUGAUGUUAUACGAGAAACUAAGAAAGAUAGAGUUUUAUGUUUGUUAAAGAGUCAAAUAGAACAAGGUUGGCCAAAUAAGAAAAAUCAAGUAGAUCCUCUGAUAGGAAUAUAUUAUUUAAACAAUGUAAUGUUAUUUUUCCUGUGUCCAUGAGAGAUUAUGUUCUUAAGAAAAUACAUACUAGUCAUUUAGGAUGUGAAAAGACAUUAUCCCGAGCAAGGGAGAACAUAUUUUGGCCUGGUAUAUCUAAAGAUGUCAUUAGCAUGAUUGAAAACUGUGAUGCAUGCAUUAAAUAUCAGAAACAGAAAAGAUGUGAGAGUCUAAUUCCUCAUGCUAUACCUGAUUUACCUUGGGAAAAGAUAGGUGUAGAUUUGUUUACCUAUAAGAAUCAAGAUUAUUUAAUUGGAGUUGAUUAUUACUCUAAGUAUACUGUAGUCAAAAGUUUAAGAAAUACUAAGAGUUCUACUGUAAUCAAUGUUAUUAAAUCAUGGUGUUCUAAUCAUGGUAUUCCCAAAGUAAUAUUUAGCGAUAAUGGGCCUCAAUUUAGUUGUUUAGAAUUUAAGAAUUUUGCAGAGUCUUAUAAAUUCUUGCAUGAAACAUCUUCUCCACUUUAUAGUCAAAGUAAUGGUCAGGUAGAGAGAUUUGUACAAGUUGUAAAAAAUCUUAUUAAGAAAUGUUAAGCAAGUGGUGAUGAUUUUUAUUUGGGUUUGUUAGAAAUUCUUAAUACUCCUAUAAGUUCUCAGAUAGAUUCUCCUGCUGAAUUGUUAAUGAGUCGUAAGUUAAGGUCAGUUGUUCCAAUUAAAGAAGAUAAGCUAAAGCCUGUUGUUCAACAAAAUGUUAAAUCUGAAUUAAAACUUAGACAAGAUAAGAUGAAACAUUACUAUGAUCGGAAAUGUCUUAAACAUGAUAGCAAGUUUAUAAAAGGACAAUCUGUUAAUUUACAU